UGUUAGGGGAGGAGAGGAGAGGACGUCGUGUAUUGCGGAAACAAAACUUAAGGUUCCGACAAACAAAAGCCACCAGACGUGGAAGCAGUUCUCUCUUUCAGAAGAAAAUAAAUCGAAUUUUGGAAAAAAAAUAGUCUGAAAGACAGAAACAACGACAAGGAUGGCCUCUGUUAAACCUUCCUGGUCUGAAGAGAACUUUUCAUGUCCCAUCUGUCUGGAUGAGUUCAGUAGCCCAGUCACCACACCAUGUGGACACAACUUCUGCAGAACCUGCAUUACUAAGUUCUGGGAUGAAAACGUCCAGUGCAAAUGUCCUGUUUGCAACGAGCUUUUCCAUGCAAGACCUGAUCUACGUGUCAAUAUACUCUUAUUAGAGCUGGCAGCUCAGAUUAAAAAGUCUGUACGAGUAAAAGAGCAGCCUUUUGUUGAAUCAGCAGAAGUUCCCUGUGACGUCUGUACUGGGACCAAGCUGAAGGCCGUGAAGUUCUGCCUAGUGUGUUUAACCUCUUACUGCCAAACCCACCUGGAGCCACAUCAGAGAGUCGCAGUCCUGAAGAGACAUCAGCUGGUCGAGCCUAUGGACCGCCUGGAAGAAAGGAUGUGUAAUAAACAUCACCGACUUCUGAAACUCUUCUGCAAGACUGAACAGGAGUGUGUGUGUCAGUCCUGCACAGAGACAGACCACAAGUUCCAUGCUGUUGUACCUCUAAAGGAGGCGUAUGACGUGAAGACGGCCCAGCUGGGGAAGAUAGAGGCUGAAGUUCAGCAGAUGGUCCUGAGCAGAAUACGAAUGAUUCAGGGGAUUAAAGACACAGUAGAAUUUAGCAAAAAAGACGCAGAUAGAGAGAUAGCCGAUGGUGUGCAGGUCUUCACCGCUCUGAAGCGCCACAUUGGAAAGUGCCAGGAUGAUUUCCAUCGAGCGGUUAAAGAGAAACUCAAUUCCACAGAGAAACAAGCUGAAGACUUCAUCAAAGAGCUGGAACAGGAAAUAAAAGACUUGACUAAUAGAAGCUCAGAGGUGAAGCAGCUCUCACACACUAAAGACCACCUCCACUUCCUCCAGGCCUUCAGAUCCCUGAAGAAUACUCCACCCACCAGGGACUGGAAGACGGUGGAGGUCCGUCCUCCUUCAUACGUAGGGACCUUGAGGAGAUGCCUGGAUCAGCUGGAGGAGACACUUAACAUGGAGAUGAAGAAGGUGCCUGACCUGAAACCAGGCAUAAAGAAGUAUGCUUGUGAACUCACGCUGGACCCGAACACAGCCCACAGACAUCUCUCUCUGUCUGAGGAUGACAGAGAGGCGACACAGCUUGGACGCAAUCAAGGGUAUCCUUUUCACCCAGGAAGAUUUGACUACCGUAGACAGGUGUUGUGUAGAGAGGGUCUGACUGGCCGCUGUUACUGGGAGGUAGACUGGGAAGAAAGGGUGGAUAUAGGAGUGACAUACAGGGGAAUCACAAGGAGAGGAAGGGGGGAUGACAGCUUGCUUGGAGAGAACAACAUGUCUUGGUGUCUUCAAUGUAAUGAUAAUAAUGGUGAUGAUUUUUACUCUGCCUACUUCAAUGGUAGUGAAACCAAAAUACCUUUUGCCUCUCACUAUAACAGAGUAGGAGUGUAUCUGGACCGGCCUGCUGGCAUUCUGUCCUUCUACGAAGUGUCCCCAGAUGUAGGAGGGACCUCAGACACACUGACACACAUCCACACCUUCAUGCCUACAUUCACUCAGGACCUCUACCCUGGGUUUAUGUUAUAUGAUUAUGGUUCCACAGUGUCUCUGUGUCAGCUAUAGUCUCUUCCCUCCUUGCUGCAUGGUGGGAUUUUGGUCUCUAUAGAGUGAGUGACUUUCAAACGGUUGUAUCCUUUGUGUCUGUGUCCUUGUCAGUGUGUAAAUACAGCGGGUCUAGGGAGUGUUUUGUGAUCUUUGCAGCCAGCCAGCAAUUGCUGGGCAGCAUUUUUGUUUGGUCACAAUGACAGAGAUGACCAAACUCAGAGGUAGUGGGCCAUGGUAGAGAACAGUCUGUCAAAAACAUGGAAUUGAAAAUUAAAGACUAUUUUUAAAACAAACAAUUGUUUGUUAAGUCAGUAAAGGCCUAAUGGGGGUUAAA